UCAGAGUUAUAACAACCUAAAAAGGAAUCCUUAAUAGUGCCGUCUCGCUCAUGCCCUUUACCGUGAGAACCCCGGCUGCGCGGCCGCCGCCGGCGCGGGGUUUGCACAACUACCUCAUUACGUGAUUUUGUGCCAUCUAAGUCACACUUAAAUUUUUUCGUGAAAAUAAAUUAAGUAGUGCCAAGUGUUCAGUGAUUUUUCAAGAUACACAAUGGGAAAAAGGAAACGCUCAAGGGAUGAAGAUUAUUCUAACAUACUCCGAAAGGUUAAAAAGUUAGAAGCAAAAUUAAGGCGUCGGCGCCGUUCAUUUUCUACAUCGUCUGAGAGUGACUACGAGCAUCGACGUUAUUAUGAAAUGGACAAUAUGGAUAUUCAAGGAGAUGAAAUCAUAGAUUUGGACGAAGUGGGUGUUCAUUCUCAGCCUACCCACAAUGAGAUAGAUUACGCCGCCCCCUACCCGCCGCCGCCAUCGCCUUCGAGCGCGCAGCCCGCAUCGUUCGCGGAGCGCGUACCGUCAGCGCACGCCGCGCCCGCGCCCGCGCCCCUCGCGCAGGCGGCGCCGCCCGGUGCAUUGUCUGCGCCGACCGUACCGCCACAGUCCGAGCCGUGCGCCCUAAGUGCGCUCGUUGAGUGUUCUGCGCCGCCCGUGACGAGUGCGCCGCCUAUGCAAGAUGACGUUCCAACUGCGCCUAGUGCGCCGUCUAAUGUGAUGUAUAACCAAACUCCUAAUAUUAACUGUACAUCGAAGAUAAAUACAGACGAGGCUCUUACAGAUGAGUAUGUACCGUCGCUAGAUCCGGAAAUACUUCAAUUGCUAGGCGACGACCCUACUACGGAGAAAAAAUACGGUGCUGAUUUGCAUAAGGAUAUUGCCUCAAGAUGGGCACAUAUAUAUUCUAAUGGUUUGCCUAAAGAGGUCCAAUUGGAGCUUGCAAAAAAUUAUUUGCCGCCAAAAAAUUGCCCAAAUAUUACUGCCCCUAAACUUAAUCCCGAAAUUAAAGCAGCUCUUUCUGAAAUAAACCUCAAGAAAGAUUUAUACAGUCAAAGUAAACAAAAUCAGAUUUCUACAAGUCUUGCUGCCAUAGGACAAGUUCUCAAUUGGGCCCUUUUACCAAACAAUAAUAUGCCCCAAGACAUAAUAAAAGCUUUAGGCGAUGCUGGAAGAUUAAUAUGUGACAUUCAUCAUAGAGAAUCCCUGUCGCGCCGUUAUGCGAUAUUAAAUAUUUUAAACAAAAAUGUGAGGGAUGCUCUCAAGGACACUCGAUGCGACGAAUAUCUCUUUGGCAACGACCUGAGUGAUCAUAUCAAGUCAUCUAAGGCAAUAAACAAAACUGGUUCAGACAUGAAGUUUACACCAUUACGCCCUGCAUACAGGCCGCCUGCAACACAGUUUCAGCGGGGAGCUUUAAACUCGAGGGGGGCGCCGCCGCGCAUACCUGCAGCGACCGAGCCGCGGCCGACCCACGCGCCCGCGCCCCACCGGCCGUACCGCCAGCAGGAGCGCCGCCCGCCGCCAGCGCCGGCGCCGAGGGGUCGCCGCUACAGCAGCUACACGCGGCACCAGCACUACCAGCGCACGGGCAGGCGUUAGCAGAGGAUCUCCAGAGUCUGUCAUCCGCUUCAUGCGAGCCUUAUCCUGGUGGCAGCGAAAUUAUCAGGCAAUCUAUGAUCAAGCGCGGGGUCCCACAAGCAUCCUUGGACGUAAUGAUGGCCUCCUUUGCUAAAAAUACUUUAAAGCA